AUGCAUAUGUGUGUAUGUGUAUCUGGAUAUGCAUAUGUGUGUAUGUGUAUCUGGAUAUGCGUAUGUGUAUCUGGAUAUGCGUACGUGUAUCUGGAUAUGCGUACGUGUAUCUGGAUAUGCGUACGUGUAUCUGGAUAUGCGUACGUGUAUCUGGAUAUGCGUACGUGUAUCUGGAUAUGCGUACGUGUAUCUGGAUAUGCGUACGUGUAUCUGGAUAUGCGUACGUGUAUCUGGAUAUGCGUACGUGUAUCUGGAUAUGCGUACGUGUAUCUGGAUAUGCGUACGUGUAUCUGGAUAUGCGUACGUGUAUCUGGAUAUGCGUACGUGUAUCUGGAUAUGCGUACGUGUAUCUGGAUAUGUGUAUGUGUAUCUGGAUAUGUGUAUCUGGAUAUGUGUAUCUGGAUAUGUGUACGUGUAUCUGGAUAUGUGUACGUGUAUCUGGAUAUGUGUACGUGUAUCUGGAUAUGUGUAUGUGUAUCUGGAUAG